UAAUGAGAUACCUGUGUUCACACUUCUUCACACACACCUGAGAGUGGCCCUCUUCAUCAAUGGAGAGGAUAGAGCACACGACGAUAUCAACCAAUGGCAUUAACAUGCAUGUGACUUCGAUCGGUACAGGUCCAGUGAUCCUAUUCCUCCAUGGGUUUCCCGAUCUCUGGUACUCAUGGCGUCACCAGCUCCUCUCCUUCGCAGCUUUAGGUUACCGCGCAAUCGCUCCAGAUCUCCGAGGUUACGGAGAUUCCGACGCGCCUCCGUCUCCUGAAUCUUACACCAUCCUUCAUAUCGUUGGAGACCUCGUCGGAUUACUUGAUUCGCUCGGUGUUGACCGGGUUUUCCUCGUCGGUCACGAUUGGGGAGCAAUUGUCGCGUGGUGGCUUUGUAUGAUCAGGCCUGAUCGAGUCAAAGCGUUGGUCAACACUAGCGUUGUGUUUAAUCCGAGGAAUCCUUCUGUGAAGCCUGUUGAUAAGUUUAGGGCUUUGUUCGGAGACGAUUACUACGUUUGUAGGUUUCAGGAGGCUGGAGAGAUCGAAGAGGACUUUGCUCAAGUUGAUACAAAGAAGUUAAUAACCAGAUUUUUCGUUUCGCGUAACCCACGUCCACCUUGCAUUCCGAAGUCAGUUGGUUUCAGAGGUUUACCUGAUCCACCUUCUUUGCCUGCUUGGCUCACAGAACAAGAUGUCAGUUUCUACGGAGACAAGUUUAGCCAAAAAGGUUUCACCGGUGGACUAAACUACUAUCGCGCCAUGAACCUAAGCUGGGAGCUAACGGCUCCGUGGGCUGGUCUACAAAUCAAGGUCCCUGUGAAAUUCAUAGUGGGCGAUCUAGACAUAACAUACAAUAUUCCCGGUACAAAGGAAUACCUACACGGUGGUGGUCUGAAGAAGCACGUGCCGUUUCUACAAGAAGUGGUGGUAAUGGAAGGUGUAGGUCACUUCCUCCAGCAAGAGAAGCCCGACGAGGUCACUGACCAUAUCUAUGGCUUCUUCGAGAAAUUCAAAACCCGCGAAACCUCAUCCUUGUAGUAGGUCUCCGUCUGCACAAUGUCAAGCUCAAGGUUAAUUACGCUCUCGGUCAAGGUUACUGUCUUACUUGUUUAGUAAAUAAUAACUUCAAUGCUUUAUCAUUUUGGUUGUGGAUCACUCGUUUUGUUGAAAUAAAAAGAAAAUGAGGGCAGUUGAAUUUUGGUUUCCGAA